AUGGCGAAGUCCUGGAUAGAAAUACUUGCGGAUGUUGCCGACAAACGCGGAGUAAAGAUCAUAUUCGGUGCCCAAGUGUUCGGUAUUGAUCUUGAGAAGCCGGCAGUUUUUCUGAAACAUGGAACGGAAAUGGGCGCUGACUUGAUCGUGGGGGCGGAUGGUAUCCGCUCUGUUAUCCGCGGUGCUGUUACUAGCAAUACUAAGUUCAAG